UUUCUUCAUUGUUAAAAUUGAGAUUUAUCAUAACAUCAUAAGCUAUGUCUAUUUCCCAUUUGGAAUCCAUUGUCUUCUCAUAUAGUCUUGUAACUACUCUCAAGUCUCUUCCAUCAGACUGUUGGAGGAUCUUCUGCUCUUCAACUCUCUUUGCUUCUCGACAAGCUGAUAAUGAAUUUGGAGCAAGAGCUGAUCAACCCUUCCUGUCUGUCGGGUGCUAUCUGAAGUAAUCCAUAAUUACUAUUCUCUGCAGUUUGUGGCUGAACAAGAACCUUAGAAGAUCUUUCAUGAAUUAUACUAUUUUGUUCUACUGAGUCUUUUUAUUUUCUUAGUGCUAACAGCAGAAGGAAGUUUCUCUUAGCUUUGAGUUUCCCUCAUUUGUGUAAAUUUAAUUCUCAUAUUCAAGAAGACUUGGGAGAGGAAUUGAAGCAGAGAGAAUCAGUCUUAGUAACAUCCAUUGUUU